AUGCACAAGCACCAGCACUGCUGUAAGUGCCCCGAAUGCUACGAGGUGACCCGCCUCGCCGCCCUGCGGCGCCUCGAGCCUCCCAGCUACGGGGACUGGCAAGUACCCGACCCCUAUGGGCCAGGUGGGGGCAAUGGAGCCAGUGCCGGUUAUGGGGGCUACAGCUCGCAGACCCUGCCCUCGCAGGCGGGGGCCACCCCCACCCCCCGCACCAAGGCCAAGCUCAUCCCCACCGGCCGGGAUGUGGGACCAGUGCCCCCUAAGCCAGUCCCGGGCAAGAGCACCCCCAAACUCAACGGCAGCGGCCCCAGCUGGUGGCCGGAGUGCACCUGUACAGGCCGGGAUUGGUAUGAGCAGGCCAGCCCUGCACCCCUCCUAGUGCACCCUGAGGCCCCGGAGCCCAGCCUCUUGGUGAAUGGCAGCGAUGGCAUGUUCAAGUAUGAGGAGAUAGUCCUUGAGCGGGGAAAUUCUGGCCUGGGCUUCAGCAUUGCAGGUGGCAUCGACAACCCCCAUGUCCCCGAUGACCCUGGCAUCUUUAUUACCAAGAUUAUCCCUGGUGGAGCAGCUGCCAUGGAUGGGAGGCUGGGGGUGAAUGACUGUGUGCUGCGGGUGAAUGAAGUGGACGUGUCAGAGGUGGUGCACAGCCGGGCUGUGGAAGCACUGAAGGAAGCUGGCCCUGUGGUGCGGUUGGUGGUACGGAGGCGACAGCCUCCACCAGAGACCAUCAUGGAGGUCAAUCUGCUCAAAGGGCCCAAAGGCCUCGGUUUCAGCAUUGCUGGGGGGAUUGGCAACCAGCACAUCCCAGGAGACAACAGCAUCUACAUCACCAAGAUCAUUGAGGGGGGUGCUGCUCAGAAGGAUGGACGCCUACAGAUCGGGGAUCGGCUGCUGGCGGUGAAUAACACCAAUCUGCAGGAUGUGAGGCAUGAGGAAGCUGUGGCCUCACUGAAGAACACGUCUGAUAUGGUCUAUCUGAAGGUGGCCAAGCCAGGCAGCCUCCACCUCAACGACAUGUACGCACCCCCCGACUAUGCCAGCACUUUUACUGCCUUGGCUGACAAUCACAUAAGCCAUAACUCCAGCCUGGGUUAUCUCGGGGCUGUGGAGAGCAAGGUCAGCUACCCUGCUCCUCCUCAGGUCCCCCCCGCCCGCUACUCUCCUAUCCCCAGGCACAUGCUGGCUGAAGAGGACUUCACCAGGGAGCCCCGCAAGAUCAUCCUGCACAAGGGCUCCACAGGCCUGGGCUUCAACAUCGUUGGGGGUGAGGAUGGAGAAGGCAUUUUUGUCUCCUUCAUCCUGGCAGGAGGCCCAGCUGACCUGAGUGGGGAGCUGCGCAGGGGAGACCGGAUCUUAUCGGUCAAUGGUGUGAACCUGAGGAAUGCAACUCACGAGCAGGCUGCAGCUGCUCUGAAACGGGCUGGCCAGUCAGUCACCAUUGUGGCCCAGUACAGACCUGAAGAGUAUAGUCGCUUUGAAUCGAAGAUACAUGACUUGCGAGAACAGAUGAUGAACAGCAGCAUGAGCUCUGGGUCUGGGUCCCUGCGAACAAGUGAGAAGAGGUCCUUGUAUGUCAGAGCCUUGUUUGAUUAUGACCGGACUCGGGACAGCUGCCUGCCAAGCCAAGGCCUCAGCUUCUCCUAUGGUGACAUUCUACACGUCAUUAAUGCAUCUGAUGAUGAGUGGUGGCAGGCGAGACUGGUGACCCCACAUGGAGAAAGUGAGCAAAUCGGUGUGAUCCCCAGUAAGAAGAGGGUGGAAAAGAAGGAAAGGGCUCGAUUGAAAACCGUGAAGUUUCAUGCCAGGACGGGGAUGAUUGAAUCUAACAGGGACUUCCCUGGGUUAAGUGACGAUUAUUAUGGAGCAAAGAACCUGAAGGGAGUGACAUCCAACACCAGUGACAGCGAAAGCAGUUCCAAAGGACAGGAGGAUGCUAUUCUGUCAUAUGAGCCAGUGACACGGCAAGAAAUUCACUAUGCAAGGCCUGUCAUCAUCCUGGGCCCCAUGAAGGACAGAGUCAACGAUGACCUAAUUUCGGAGUUUCCACAUAAAUUUGGAUCCUGUGUACCACAUACUACCCGGCCUCGGCGUGAUAAUGAGGUGGAUGGGCAAGACUACCACUUUGUGGUCUCCCGAGAACAGAUGGAGAAGGAUAUUCAGGACAACAAGUUCAUUGAGGCAGGCCAGUUCAACGACAAUCUUUAUGGGACCAGCAUCCAGUCAGUGAGGGCAGUUGCGGAGAGGGGCAAGCACUGCAUAUUAGAUGUUUCUGGCAAUGCUAUCAAGAGGCUGCAGCAGUCGCAACUUUACCCCAUCGCCAUCUUCAUCAAGCCCAAGUCCAUUGAAGCGCUUAUGGAAAUGAACCGAAGGCAGACAUAUGAACAAGCAAAUAAGAUCUAUGACAAAGCCAUGAAACUGGAGCAGGAGUUUGGAGAAUAUUUCACAGCGAUUGUACAGGGUGACUCACUGGAAGAGAUUUAUAACAAAAUCAAACAAAUCAUUGAGGACCAGUCUGGGCACUACAUUUGGGUCCCAUCCCCUGAAAAACUCUGAAGAAUCCCCUCCAACCAUUCUCUUGUGAGCAGAAGAAAUCAAGUCCCUCUUCCCUCCUCCCUCUUCAUUCCUGUCCCCACGGGGAGAACAAAUGACUACUGUUCUUGUCCCCUUUUUUAGAUAUGUCCAAAAAUUAAGUUUUCUAGUCCUGUUCUGUUUUUUUAAAUUUUUGUUUUGUUUCAGUUUAAUUUUGGGAUGAUGCCAUCUCACUCAUCAUGUGACUGUGCCCAUGCCUGC